AGCAGCUGAAGAGGACAGACUGCGAACUUGAACGGGAUGGCAGCGAUCUUUCCUGUCUCAGAGGAGGACCUCAGCUGUCCUGUGUGCUGGGACAUUUUCAGGGAGCCCGUGGUUCUACCCUGCAGCCAUAGCUUCUGCAAAGCCUGCGUCCACAUGUACUGGGAGCCCCUUGACUCCCGGGUGUGUCCGGUGUGCAGGGCCGAGGUUCCCGCCACUGAGCCCGUGGUCAGCCUGAGUUUAAAGAACCUCUGUGAGGCAGCCGUUCAGGAGAGGGACAGGAGGAGCGCCGCGGGGCACGACGCCCCCGGGCUGUGCGGCGCACACGGCGGGGGCUUCACCCUGUUCUGCCUGGAGGACUGCCAGCCUGUCUGCGCCACCUGCCACACCUGCGGGGGACACAGGGGUCACGAAUGCUGUCCCAUCGAUGAGGUCGCUGUGGAACUCAAGGAGAAACUGAAGACUGCGCUGGAGGCCGUGCACCAUAAGCAGACGACCUUUAAUAAAAUCAAACAGUCCUUUGAGGAAACGUUAAUACACGUUCAGAGCCAGGCCAGGUUUACAGAACAGCAGAUCAACAAGGAGUUCAGAACCCUUCGCCACUUCCUGAUGGAUGAGGAGGAGGCCAUGGUAGCCACCGUGAGGGAGGAGGCGCGGCGAAAGAGCCAAACCAUGAAAGAGAAGAUCUGGAAGAUCACUGCAGAGAUAAAAAAUCUUGAAGAAAAAAUGAUAACUCUCGAGGAAGAAAUGGAAGCUGAAGCCUUGCCAUUCCUUCAGAAUUAUGACGCCACAAUGAAAAGGGCCGAGUGCAAUGUGCAGGAACCCAAACUGGCUCCAGGAUUAUUGGUGGAUGUGGCCAAACACCUCGUCAACCUGAAGUUCAGAGUCUGGAAGAAAAUGCAGGGCCUCGUUCAGUGCACUCCAGUGACUCUGGACCCCAACACAGCAGACCCUUGGCUCACUCUGUCCGAGGAUCUAACCAAACUGACAGUCAACGAUGCGGAGCAGGCCCUGCCAGACAACCCGGAGAGGUGCACUUCCUAUCAGAGUGUCCUGGGCUCCAAAGGAUUUGGCGCGGGGAGACACUCAUGGGACGUUGAGGUCGGGGACAGCACCGUCUGGGCCCUGGGAGUGGCCCAGGAGACAGCCAGCAGGAAAGGAAAGAUCAAUCUGACUCCAGAGGGUGGAUUCUGGACUAUAGCCCUGUACAAUGGGGCUUACACAGCCCAGACCAUGCCUUCAACACCCAUCUCAGUCAAGAGGAUCCCGCAGACAAUCAGAGUGCAGCUGGACUGGGAUAAUGGGGAGGUGUCCUUCUCUGAUCCCAGUUCCCACACCCACCUCUACACCUUCAAACACACCUUCACUGAGAGAGUUUUCCCCUACUUUGCUCAUGGCUGUAAAAGAUGCCCUUUGCAAAUAGUGCAAUCUAAGGUAUCUGUAGUGGUUUCAGAGCACAAAACACAACUCUGAAGCACAUACAGUAGGUUCUGAUUGUACCCUAACAUUUCCCUAAUGGCUCCCUAAGUAGAGUAGCCCUGGAGGUCACCAUUGUAAGAUGGAUUUGUGGCAUUAGCGGCAGGCAACAUGUCCCGAGAAUGAAAAGCAUAAGCAUAACUAAUAUAGACCAUAUGACGGAACAAGCAUCUCCCAAAAGUCGUGUCUUACUUGAA